AUGUCUUCAUUCUUCGGACUAGGCAAGACCCGCACGUUCAAACCUCGAAAGGACGUCCCGGAGGGCACCAAACAAUAUCAACUGCGAAAGUAUGCAGAGGCAACCUUGGGCUCUGGCAACUUGAGGUUGGCUGUCAGGCUGCCUGAAGGUGAAGAUACAAGUGAAUGGCUUGCUGUCCAUGCUGUUGAUUUCUUCAAUCACUUGAAUAUGUUGUACGGUACUGUUACCGAGUUCUGCACGCCGCAGGAGUGUCCUAUAAUGUCCGCUGGUCCACGCUACGAGUACCUUUGGGAAGAUGGUGUUAAAUAUAAGAGACCCACGAAGCUGCCUGCUCCCGAAUAUGUAGAUGCAUUGAUGAACUGGGCUCAGAACAUUCUCGACGAUGAAACUGUAUUCCCCAACAAGAUUGGCGUGCCAUUCCCUCGAAAUUUUCGCGAAACAGUGCGCACGAUCGUACGCCGAUUGUUUCGUGUAUACGCGCAUAUAUAUAGCAACCACUUUGACCAAAUUUGUGCGCUUGGCAUCGAAGCUCAUCUGAAUACCAGUUACCGGCAUUUCUUUCUAUUCAUAAAUGAGUUUGACCUUGUGGAUAAGAAAGAAUUAGCACCCCUGGAUGAGCUCAAUGACGCCAUCCUUGCCGAGGACAAGGCCCGAUAA